AAAAAUUCCUAAAUUUUCGUAAGUCUCAUGUCGCUUGUACGAAACAUUAAUUGUGCAAGUAUUGCACAGUAUACUUGUGCAACAAACUUGUGCAUGUAUACUGUUCAAGUAUACGUGAAUGUGUAUGGGGGCCUUAAGGCUAAAGUUUUGAGCGCUUUAAAAGUCGAUAAAAAAUAACAAAAUUCUCGUCAAUGUUUGCAGUAGUCAUUAAAAACUUCUAUUUUUCUAUCUAAAAAUAAAUUUACUUUUCAGAACGAGUUUUAUGGCAAAAUUGUCGUUGGACAUCCAGGAAAAUCAUUUGAUGUCUCUUUUGAUACUGCGUGGGGUCUCUCAUGGUUAUUGUCUGCAAACUGUGAAGUACCAGGAUGUACUGGCCAUAACUUGUACGAUCAUUAUAAAUCUACAUCUUUCAAAAAGAACGGUACCAAAUAUUUUGUACAAGAUGGAGCAUACAAUUUCACCGGAGUUUAUUCAUACGAUGAUAUUCAUAUUGCCCAUUCAAAUGUUACUUCAUUUUUAUUUGUUGAAAUGUCUGUUGUACCGGAUACAAUGCAAUUUGAUAAGGCUGAUGGUGUACUAGGAUUAGGACCUAAAAGUGGUAAUUAUGAACCGUUUUUCUACACUAUGUACAGAGAAAAGAAGAUUAGGGAUCCUGUAUUUUCAGUUUAUUUAAAUAGAGACCGUAAUUCUGACAGAGGAGGCAAUAUUAUGUUGGGAUUUGUUGACCCAAAACAUAUUCAUAAAACCAUAUAUCCAAACAAAACAAUUAUUCAGGAUACUAUAGUGUAUUUAAACGCUGAUACUGCAGAAUAUUGGCAGUUUAAUGUGGACAAAAUGAUUUACACAAAAGAUCCGAAACACGUUUAUACGUUUUGUAAAAAUGGUUGUAAAGCUAUUGCCGACACAAGUACUAAUGAAAUAAAUGGUCCAAAAGUCGACGUUGAUGCAAUUCAUGAGAUUAUUGAUGCUAAACUACAAAAUGGCAGAUAUGUUGUAAAUUGUGAUGCCAUUAAUCAAAUGCCUAAGUUGGAUAUAUAUUUGGCUGGACAAGCAUUUAGACUCGGAGGAAAGCAAUACAUAAUGAAGGAAUCUAAUAAAACCAGCACCACUUGUGUUUCGGCUUUUGUUCCUGAUGAUACAAUGGGACCAAAUACAUGGAUAUUUGGAGGAGCGUUUUUGGCCCAAUAUUACAGUAUUUACAAUAUAGAGGAUAAAACCAUUGGUUUUGUCAGAGCAGCAUAAAUUAUAAUUCUAAUUUUAAGACCAUAAUUACUUAAAAUUUUUACACUAAAAGUACUUAUGACUUAAGCUUAUAGUUAAUAAAUAAUAGUGGUAAUAUACAAAGACGUCAA